AUGAAGCAGCAAGAUGUCCUCAUCUCCACCUACUUCUUCACGAGAUUCCUGGGACUAAAUUUGCUCUUCCUUCUUUAUAGUGAAGCUGAAGAGAAGUUCUAUGAUGUACAUUGGCUCAAGACUUUGUGCAUGUGUUUUACCUCAUGCAAGUGCAAUCUACACGCGCGGACAUGCCGCUUCAACAUGGAGCUGUACAAGCUGUCGGGCCGGGUGAGUGGCGGCGUGUGUCUGAGGUGCCGCCACAACACUGCAGGCCGACACUGUCACUACUGCAAGGAGGGCUUCUACCGCAACCACAACAAGCCUAUCACACACCGAAAAGCCUGCCGUCCCUGCAACUGCCACCCUGUGGGAGCGGCAGGUCGCACCUGCAACCAAACCACCGGCCAGUGCACGUGCAAGGAUGGAGUGACUGGACAGUCGUGCAACAGGUGUGCGGCUGGCUACAUUAGCAUCGCACCUACUGUCACUCUUUACAAUGAAAUUCCGGAUGCGUCCCCAGCGUUGCCGAGCCCCGUGGACCCCAACUCCCAGCGCCCCCCGGGGUACGGGGUGCAGAGGUCCGCUCCCCCACACCCCGACCCCUCCACCUCCCACUACUCCCACAACGACGUCAACGCUCGCCACGCAUACUCUUAUGCUGGAGACCAAGCUGGCUGUGGGAAAUGCAAAGUUGGUCGCAGGAGAAUCACCGUACAAAAAUACUGCCGUCGCGACUAUGCGGUGCUGGGCUACGUCACCAACAGCGAGGUUGGUCCGGAGUACACGCGCUUUGAUCUUCAGAUCCGCAACGUGUUUAAGCGGACACGCAGCGUCCGCGUGCGCCGCGGCGUCGAGCAGCUCUGGGUGAAGAAUGCCGACCUCGCCUGCAAGUGUCCUAAGCUCAAGAUCGGCAGUGAGUACCUGAUCCUGGGCAAGCAAAGCGGGCGAGCCCCGAGACCGGGCCUGGUGGUGAACCAGCGCAGCAUUGUGCUGGAGUGGCGCAACUCGUGGACUCUGCGCAUGCGCCGUCUUGACAAGAAAGCAUCGCAAGCCAAAUGCCGUGACAGCAGGGACGAUCGCCGGUAGUCACUGAGGUGUCAGACCAAAAAAAGUGGCAUCAUUGUUGGCCGAUCAUUCUGCAGUUUCUCAUUCGAGGAAGGGCAUUUACCUCAGAGAAAAGGGAAGUAUUUUCUUCGAUGAAACUGCAGUAGUUCGUUAGCCUUUUGACCGUUAAUAUCAAUAAUAAUUUGAGUAAUAGAUUGAUAAGUCGAGCAAAACUGUUCAAAAACUUCCAAAACGCAUACAAAAUUAAUCGCACCAAGCUAUGUCACGACGCUCCCCUGCAAAAUGUAAUGUAUCCUCUUUCUGCCCUACAAGCCGUACAACGAAUGGUUAUACGGCUCAGUGACGGGUAAACAGUUAUUAGGAGCGAAGCAAGCUCAUGUAUCUCGUUGAAAUAUGGCUGGCAUGACGCGGUACGCUGUUUGGAAAUUUCUUUAACUGAACAGAAAAUAAAUCUUGACAUUCUAGUGCCCGGCCAUCAAGAUCGACAAUGAACUUUAUAGUGGAAGAAUUCGUUACCGAGCAUCAGAGUUUCUUCGCGUAUGUAUGUGGGACCUUAUGCCAAAUGAAGAGCUAAAAACUUUCGACGUUGUAGUAAGACGCGUCUUCCCUUUGUCGUCUUUGCAAGCCUGGUGCGUCAAUUCAAGCACCGUGUUUCGAAAUUACUUCAGCAUUCCCAUUGCUAACAUUUAUACAUUUGUUAAUAAAAUCAGUUGAUCGUUAAUUAGUAACCCUGGUUAUUCAGGCAUUGCAAAAGAAUUGACGGUCAAUACCUUCAAAUGACCACUUUAAAGAGCCUAAAAAGUAAAAGUUUGCUCGGUUUGUUCAAUAUUCGUAUUCAUUCAUGACGUGAUUAAAUUUUAUUAUACGAAAUAAGAAAUGAAGGCCAUUCCAUAGCCUUGUUUUCUAAGGCCAUAUAAGGAAGUAUUUGACUUCAAAAUCUCCUAUGAGGCUCCGAAUCUCCUACAUAUCUCCUACGAGGCUCCACAGGCCGCCUUCUAAAAAGUUUUCAACUUACGUUUAUUGUAUAAAAUCUUGUCGUAACCAAUGUACGUGUUCUUGAUCAUUUAGAUGGUGUAAAUAUUUUUUCUUUAAUGCUG